UCCAAACCAAUACAAUUGAAGCCAUUGGUACUGAAGAGGUUCCGUUACUGAUACGGUGUUGAAACGAGGGCGUCUAUAUUUAAAGCGCACAGUGCCAUGUGACACAAGAAGCAACAAUUAUGCGAUAAAACAAGCAGUGUGGUUGCACCUGUAGCAGCAUCAGCAGAUGUCGUGGAUGUGCUCUGCACAAUAUCGCACAAGAAGUCUCAUGAUGGGAUGAAUAAAUAUAGCGGAAAGGCUUCUAUAGGAGGUUGCUCCUGGCAACAUAUCAGAUGUUGAUAAGAGCAACAAAGACAAGGUUGGCCAGGAAAGACUUUAUUCCCAGCAUUAUGCCCGCAAACAUGACGAGAACAAGCAGCCGGAUGUGUUACUGCAAGAAAUGCCUUUUAUAGACAAUGUUCAGAGGAACUUCCAGUGAAAGAGGGAGCAAUAUGUUCCUCUGUUGAAUACUGAGUUCUGUGGCUUUGCUGACAGCCAGACAAAUCGUGUAGUCCAUACACCUACUUUGAAAGGUACGUGCCCGAGUCGAUUUUGGGAUGCAUUGCAGAGCAAACCUACACAGCGUGCAGACAUCCCUGAUUGUCAGCACACUUGAAGAAAUAAGGAAGCUCUUUAUAGCAUAUCAAAGAUUAUCCAGAAGGAUGGUGAAAGCUCCUAGAUGAUGCACUUCCAACUGCAGGUUGCAGGGGUGCGCAUUACAUCUGUGCGAUGCGCACAGAAGCAUGGAAAACCAUCACGUGAAAUUCAAGACUUGCUGCCUGAAUUUCUCCAAGAAUGAACUUGUUCAGCGGCCCAGCGUAGAUUCUCAAUAUGAUGCUAUUGAGCACUGGCCUGAAGCUUGGGGAACAAGUGGAUCCAUCCAGAUGCAGAAGUGAAAGAUGCAAGGCUUGCGUAGAAGUCAUUGUAAAUGAUGAGUUCGAGCCAACAACCUGAUGAGUGUUUGGCGAGGCGGGGGAUCCAUGACCGAAGGAGUAGUCAUCACGAUGCUGAUUUAACAGACUCUUGUGAUGACGCUGAAGACCAGACAGACAAAGCUGAGCACAUAUCUCCAGAUGCUAACAUUGAGGAACCAUUGGCGCAGGAGUCAUAUGCACAUAAGCCAAGUAAUACACAGGCAUUAUAUCCUGACCUCACACCCUAUAAAAGGAGACUGUCUAUUCCCAGAAGUGCUUCACCAUCUAGGCACAAGAAAGAGCUACCACCACAGAGUCAGCAGGCGUCCUACUAUUUGUAUGUAGGUGCACUUAUUUGUGCACUCGUACUACUUGUGCAGUACCUGAUCAGCGAACAGCCAAUGCCUUUGUCAUUGGCUGAUAGGCGCCUUGGAACAUUGCGAGAGCAUCUUCGUAAACUUAAGGACACUUUUGUAGCACAGCCUGAAUAUAAUUGGCAGAUCAUACGUAGCUCUGUUAUGGAUAUGAUCAAUGACACUGGUGUUUAUUCAGGACCAGCUGUGAUCACGUUUCUUGCAUCCGUUAAAAAUGAGCGUUUUGCAACAUGUCUUUCACAACAGGUUGCAACUGCCUUGUCAUACACUUUCGAUGAUGGUGGAGAUUAUGGAACUAUUGCUGCUGAUGAGUUGUCAGUGUCUGAAGAUGUUGCACGGCACAUAAUUGAGAAUCGGUGCAAAGAAGUAGUAGAGAGGCGGCAACGACAUGUAAUGGUUGCCUCGCACCUAGAGAAAUGGAACCCUGAUGCAGCAAUGAUGCUGCACCCCUUGUGUGACCAGGAAAAUGCUUUGUACAAGAACGUAACAUACAUUCUAACUGUGUUCACAAAGCAUGAAGAUGUGUCCGGCCAGAGGGAAAGAAAAGAGUAUGAUCAUCUUGCUGAGAAUGCACUUAACAAUGCUUGGGAGUCUAUGGACACUAACCAAAGGCAUGCCAUCAUUAGUAGGGUGACUGGCAAUGUUGUGUUGGUGCGUGAAGAUUCAUCAUCAUGUGUGUCAGCUAGCUAGGAAACAUUUGCUUGAGUAAGUACUGUUUCUGAUCUGAUGACUGUGAUGGCUUUUAUGCCUUGAAGGUGCAAGUGGCAUGCCGAGAAACAAACGAGUAGGCCUCUUUCAUUGGCAAGGAAAGUGUGCAAAGUGAAAUUUUGUAAAAUAUGUUGCGCCAAUUUGAAGUAUGAAACGUUUAAAAGAAUGUUCACAUGCAAUUUUGCAAGUCUUUCCUUUGUACCUGUUUAAAUGCGCUUUGGUGACAUGUUGUAGCGAUCUCCCCAUUUACAUGGGUUAUCAACUGAAGGCUUGCAGUGUGUUGUGGUGGCUAUCUUCCAGCAAAUUUUGUGAAAUCGGGCUUUGUUUCUUAUUGAGGCAAAGCUUCACAUUGUCAUUGUCAUGUGUUCAAUUUUUUGCAUGGUGGUAUUUGCUAUUUGUUUCUGUGUCCAUUAUUUCAUAAGGCACAAAUUUACAGACACAGCGUUAUUGGCAAUAUUUACCAUAUGUAGUCACAAGUGGAGAUAUAGUAACAGGUGGAUGUUACAUCUUGACAAUAACCAGUUGGUUAAAGUUGGUGAGGCUGUUUUAUCCUAACAGAUGUAUAGCAGUGCAGUUUGAGUUUGGAAGUUGAAGUUGUUGUGCACAAAUCUCAAGUAGUUGAUGUAAUUAUGGCGCACUUUGUGUUUUAGCGUGCAGCUGUUGCUGUUGACUUGGCCAGGGAUGUGCUGGCAUGACUGUGCCAUUUAUUUGUACAACAAACUUUGUAUAAAAAAUUAUUAUUGUUCAGUAAAUAAUGCAAACCGUUA